UUUACUGUGACAAACGAAACAAAGAAAGAGUAAAGAAAGGGUAUGUGUUAGUGACUUAGUUCCGAUAUCCAUUGAUGAGAACUAACACAUACAGUGCGUGCCAGAUUCCCUUCAUCUAUCUAUCUCAGUGAUGAGAAUAUAUAUCCUUGGGAUUUUCAAUCACCUUAAUUAUUCCUUUUAAGACCACCCAUUAUUGUCAUUAAUAUGGAAUCUCCAAAUCUCCAUCAACAUCCUUCUUCAUCUUCCUCAUCAUCAUCAUAUGGAUCCACCACCCACCAUUCUUGGACUCCAAAUAUCACUUUCCACAUCCAAGAAGAUAACAAUAAUAAUAUUAAUAUUGGGAUCCCUCUCAUCCAAGAUCAUCACCAUCAACCAAGCUGCUUAAGCUUAAACACCACCAACCACAUCACUAUUAAUCAUAAUAUGCUAAACUCUCAUACACCUCCUCCUCCUUCUUCAACCGUCGAAUUCUCAACACACGAUGAUGACAAGCUCUUGCUCAAGACGUUUUUCUCUGCACAAGAUUUCUACUCCAAUAACAAUACUACUUUCUGUGAAGUACCUUCUAGUAGUAGACGAAACUUUAGUCACAUUUAUCCCACCAUAAAUAUCUCUAAUAAUAUCAACAACCACUCAUCACCAUCACCGUCAUCUUCUAGUAAUAAUAUGACCUCGCACUCCUUGGAUCUACCAGCUUUCAUGACAACUACCACUCAUGGUGGCGGUGCUGCUGCACAUCAACAAGUAGAUCUUGGUCUUGCUACAUUUUCCGACAACCACCUUUCUUUUCAUCUUGAUCAUCAUCAUAGCCACCACCACCGCCCUACUCACGCCUCCUCGCCGCCCUGUAGUAACUCUACUACUUCCACUACUGCUAAUAAUAACAGUCAUCCAUCACAAUACUUCGUCUCCAAUGGCACUGUGGACACAAAGAGACCCUGCACUUCGAUAAUGGACACAAAGGCUUCUCAAUCUCUAACAGCAUCCAAGAAAUCACGAUCCGAAUCGCGCCCCUCAUGCCCUCCCUUUAAGGUUAGGAAAGAGAAAUUAGGAGAUAGGAUUGCGGCUCUUCAACAGUUGGUGGCUCCUUUUGGUAAGACAGACACAGCAUCCGUACUUAUGGAAGCAAUCGGAUACAUAAAAUUCCUUCAAAGCCAAGUAGAGACACUGAGCGUUCCAUACAUGAAGCCAACACAGAACCAAACCAACACCAGAAUGAUGCAAGGGGUUUCAGCGAUAGGCGGCGGAAAUGGGGAACCAAAGCAAGACCUUCGAAGUCGAGGCCUUUGUCUGGUGCCAUUGUCGUGCAUGUCUUACAUAGCAGGUGAUGCCAGCAAUGACACGUGGCAACAAUCAAACUUUGGAGGAGCAACUUAGUAGUAGCUACUACGUUUUUCUUUUAAUUAAAAUCAAAUAAUAAUCAUAAUUAUCAGUAUUAUUCUGGUUUCAGAUAAAUUCUAAGCAAAAGCAAAUCUAAUUCAUCCGUUUUUUUAAUGGGGCAAACUUGGUCUUCUCUCACAAGGAGGCUAAUAUGGUUGGCCAAGUUUGCUCCAUUAAAACAUCAUGUACCAUUAAUUUUAUACGAUUCCAUAUGCAUUUUGCCAGUUUUUUUUUUCUUUUAUUUUAAACUUCAAUUUUAC